AUGAGUGACUAUUUGGAAAUGGCAAAUGCAGAAAACAUGGAUAUUCAAAUGAAGAAUGAACAGAAUUUGGAAGCCCUUCAGGAAGAUAUUGAAAUGAAUGGUGGAUCCAGUGCAAAUGAUGCAAGUGAAAAUUACUCCAGUGGGCAUGAUUCACAUAGCAAUGAGGGUGAAGAAAAUGGGAAAGAAGCAACUAUGAUUAUGGAAUCUUUAGACUGCUAUAAAAGGUAAUGAUGCUACAUAGUAGUUUUGGUUGUAUGAAUGAAUGAAUGAAUGAAUGAGAGAGAGAGAGAGAGAGAGAGAAUUAAUGUAUAUGUAACUUGCACUAAUGUAGCUACAAAAUCAUCCAAUAUGGUGCCUUGGAUAUGCCCCACUCAACCAUUUAUAUGGAGAUACUGAGAGUGCUGGUGGUUUUUAAGCCCUAACUUGAAAUGUAACAUGCUCACAUCUUAUGAGGGGGUUCGGUUCCAAGGGUAAAGUGUAUAUGCAAAAGUCACCUAUAGUCAAAAGCAUGUUUCCCUUGGAGCUGGGCUGCCACAAACAGUGAAGAGGGACCAGAGUCAGCAUGCUGAACAGAAAGCAAGGCCAGAGUUUGAAUGUUCUUUUCACUCUGUGUCCUCUUGGGUUACCAGGCACCAAAAGAACUUUUAAGCUCCCUACCUUGCUUCUCAGGCAAGGCCUGCUUGAUGUGCUGGCUCUGGGACCAGUAGGGAUGCUGUCAUGAGAUCUCACAGGAAGUCAGACUGACCUGUGAAAUCCCACGAGGGCAUCCCUACUACAUUAAGAAUAGGGCUUCUGCUACGAGUAUUGUGUUGCACUAACAGCUGCUGCAGUUGGAUCUCACCCAUUGAAAUAAAGAGACCUAAAUUAGUCUUGUCCAUUAAUUCCAUUGGGUCUUCUCUCAAGUAAUCUCUUUUAUAUUAAAUAACAGUAAAUUAAGAAUGAUCAUACCACACAUCUUUUAGAUCCUUAUAUGAAUAAACACUCCAUGUAAGGAAGAAAUAAUUAUAAAUCUCAAUAGUCUUAAGAGCAGUGUAUACCCAGUCUGCAUCCAGUUAAUCAUUUUGCUCUCUUAAGUAAUAAACAUUAAGAACUUGGGCUUUGCAGAAUACAAAGCUACAUUUAAACCAGAAUUGUUUUUGUUCAUGUUGUCUAGCAGCGAACUACCAUCUAAAUCUAAAACCCAGAAGGAACUAAUAAAAACAUUGCAGGAAUUAAAAAGGCAUCUUCCUCCUGAUAAAAGGAUCAAAGGCAAGCCUAGUAUCCUGGCAACUCUGAAGUAUGCACUUGGAAGCAUUAAGCAAGUUAGAGGUAACUAUAUCAGACCUUUCUGUUGAAUCAGUGAAAUUUAAACUUCAUUGUUGAACUACAGUAGGAAACAGCAAGAGAGAUUCUGAAUUAACAACUGUGUCUCUUGGUAUGCUGGUUGGAUUCCUGGAACAUUUCAUUUGUCAUAACCUUCCUCUUCUUGGUCUUUACUUUCUUCAGCUAAAACGCUAGGGUGGGACUUGUUUGAUAUCUAUUCAGUAUGAACAUGUAUUGCAGAUGAACAGUGUGAAAGCAUUGCAUAGUAAAAAUUUCAAAUUAACUGCUCUAAAACAAGAUACCACUUGCAUGUUUAGACACACUCUCUCUCUCUCUUGCCUUACCUGCCACCUGAGAGCUGGUGUCAUAACCCAAGGUGGGGGAGGGGAUUACCAUCUACCUGCUUAGCAACCUGAAGAUAUAUAGAAGAGGUUGUAUUUUCUUAAUGUUUGUUUAAGCCUCUGGAAACCUUGAUGGUAGGACGCAUAUUCCUGAGCUACUUUUCUGUUCUAAUUAGACUACCAUGUAUUUUUACAGAAUAUGAUUUAACUUAAACAGUGUUAUUCAAAAUAUAAACUUCGUUCUCCUGUAGCCAAUGAAGAAUAUUACCAGUUGUUGAUGACUAAUGAAAGCUAUCCAUGUGGCCUUGAUGUAUUGUCCUAUACUGUGGAAGAUGUUGAAAACAUUACUACAGAAUACAUCAUGAAGAAUGCAGUGAGUAUCCUUGCCCAUGAACACAUGUGCAAAUGAUUUUCUAAAAGACUGAACUGGGAGUUGCAGAAAUUCACGGUUGUUAAUAAUCACAGAUUCUAUAUUUCUAAAUCGAAUAACAGCAUACACCGUGUUACGUCACAGAUAGUGUGGUGUGGUGGUUAAAGUGUUAAACCUGCUCUAUGAAAUGUAGGUUCAAAUUCCCUCUUGCCUGUGAAGAUCACUGAUGACCCCAGGGCAGCCUGUCUUCUACACACAGUUUGUGUGAGGUUACAUUGGGGUGAGCAACCCAGAUCCCCAUGCUGCUUUCAGCUUUUGGGAGGAAAGGCAGGAUAACAUUGUAGGAAAUGAAAAAUAAAAUCUAGGAAACCACUGCCUUCCAGGGUAAAGCAUACAUCUGUCACAUUGUGAACAGAGAAUGCUCUUGGUCUAGUUUCAGUGAUAUAUGGGGGAUCUCUGUGACUUUCCAUCUUGCACUAUUCUGCAACCUUUUGAGUGCUUCCAGAGGAAAUUCAGUAGCAUUAGAAAACCACUUGGGGCUAAUUAGACUCAACAUUCAUAAUUGUGUAACCAUAGUUAAGAGUCAAGAGUAAGCCAUUGGAACCUAUUCUUUCUAAGUAAAUGGGAAGUCUGUCGCAGAUAAGUGCAAAGGCAAUCUGCAAGAAGGAGAAGAGGCAAAGAAGAUUGUAUUGAUGACUGCUUGGAGUACCCCACACAAUCUUAUAUGGAGUUACUCUUCUAAGAAAAUAUGCUUUAGAUUACAACUGCCACAUUUUUGUUAAAAAAUCAUUGAUAAAUAUGCAGGUAAAUACUAAUAUUCUUAACAAGAAAAAAUGUAAACCUACCAUGUCUCAUUACUUUAGAAUAUUUGUAACUCACAAAACUUCUGUUUAACAUUUUCCCUGACUAAACUAGUUUUGACUUACUACGUAUUGGGUGCUUUAUUGUGUUUUUUUUAAGGAUAUGUUUGCUGUAGCUGUUUCUUUGGCUACUGGGAAAAUUCUGUACAUCUCCGAUCAGGCUGCCUCUAUUCUCCACUGUAAGAAAGAUGUAUUUAAAAAUGCCAAAUUUGUGGAGUUUCUGGCACCUCAGGAUGUCAGUGUGUUCUACAGCUCUACUACUCCAUACAGAUUGCCAUCCUGGACUAUUUGCAAUGGAGUUGGUAAGUGUGUUUAAAUUGUUGCCCCACCACCACCACUGCUCAUCUGCAUUUGAGCCAUUAGGAUAUGUCUUUGCUUAAUUGCAGAUUCUUUAGCGUUUUGCUCUUUUUAAUUGGCACAGUCAUUUGUAGCUAUUAGAUACAAAUAUUUUAUAUUCUGAUCUGUUUUGUCUCAUUUCAUCUCGCUAAUAGGAUGAUUAAUUACUGUACUUACAUGCUCCAGAGAGGUCACUGUGUAUACCUGUUGCUGCAAAAUCAACAAGGAACCUUGUGGUACCUUAAAAACAAUAUGAAAAAAAUUAUUGUGGCAGAAGCUUUCAUGGGGCUUAGCUUACUUCAUUGAGUUGUUUGUCUGACAAGGUGGACUCUGUGUGAGGAAAGCUUUUGUUACAGUAAGUGUAUUAGUUUUUAAGGUCCCAGAAGAAUUUUUGUUGGUUUUGUGCAUACUUCUGUUCAAUUCUUUGGCAAAACUAGACUUUACUUUUGAUAUUAUUCCAGUCCCUUCACUGGAACAUCAUGCAGUUAAUGUGAAUAUACUCUGUGCAGCUUUUAAAACUGUAUUGUUCAGAAUAGAACAACAACCUUCAUGCCGUUACUUCCCAGUCUUCUGAUGCCCUGAGAGAUAGCAACUUUGAUUAGGGAGGAGCUUCCAAUUUUUUAAAUAUGAAUUUUCUCUUCUCGCUUUGAAAACCUAUUUUAACAACUACAUCUAGUAUUAGAUAAAUUAGUUUGGUGCAAACACAAUGUAGAGUUCUCUUAACUGCACUAAAAUAACAAGAAGAAAGGCACCUUUCUCUGCCAGUUACUCUGUGUUUGCAUUGUUUUCAGCUGAGUAAUUACAGGGGACAUCUUUCUGACUUUCAGAGUAUACACUUCUUUCUGUUACUGUAGAUUAUAAAGUCAUUUUCAUACUUUUAUAUUUUUAUAGAGUCUACCACCCAGGAGUGCAUGGAGGAAAAGUCUUUUUUCUGCCGCAUCAGGUGAGGCAAAAUUUUAAGUCAGCGUGGGGACUAACAGAUGUUUUGCUUCAAUCUGUUUAUGUUCAUUGGUAUGUGGCUUAGCCGACUUACAAAGAUGAAUUCCAGAAUCCUCACUAAAAGCUGAAUAGACCUUACAGUUUAAGAUGUCACCACAAAAAGCAGUUUCUAGGCUGUUGCAUAUUCAGUAGUGGCAAGUGAGGUGGUGCAGGUGGGCUCUAUUGCUCUCCCGGCUUCCCAAGACAGUGGGUUGCUUACCAAGAGAGUGACUCCACUACAUCUCUCUCCCCAUAACUUACCCCUCCCCUUCUUCCCCUCAGUAAGCGACUGUAACUCCUGUGUUGGGAAACCAGGAGAACAGCAAUAGAGUCCCACCUUCACUGCCUCGCUGGCCGCUACUGUACAUAUUGCUUCUCACAUAAUAAGGCCUAAUGGCCCUUGCACAUAGAUGGUCAUGGAAAACGGGAGGUUGGCCUUUUUCCUUUCCUUGCACUUCCUAGAGUGUCACCUUGGAGAGUCUCUUGAUUUUUCACCGGUGAUUUUUCAGAGGAUGCUUUAGUAAGAAGGAGGGUUUAAGAGUCCCCAUAUGUGCAUUGAAGUAGCAUAGUCCAAAGCCCAUCGCUUAGAUGCACCUACCAAAUACCUUAUUCUGCUUGUGGGCUAUGCAAACUAUAAGAACUCAACUGUUGUUUCUUUUAAUUUUUAGUGCAGGGAAAGAGGAGCAUACUAGUGAGAUCUGCUACCACCCAUUUCGUAUGACUCCAUACCUUAUCAAAGUACAAGAUGAAGAUGAUCAGCUUUGUUGUGUGUUGCUUGCAGAAAAGGUCCACUCUGGUUAUGAAGGUAAUAAUACAGCAAUUAUUUUUGUGCUUGAAAUAAAGCAUCUUGUUCUAGUUCUAGUUCUAGUUCUAGUUCUACAAACCUUGUCCUUUUUUUUCUUUCAGCACCCAGAAUUCCUUCUAAUAAAAGGAUAUUUACAACUACACACACCCCAAGUUGUUUGUUCCAAGAUGUGGAUGAAAGGUGAACUACUAAAAACUAUGAUAUGCAUGGUUGUGUAUUUAGCUGUAGUAUUGACUCAAAUGCAAAAAUAGGUAGGAAAUAUUGAUGUGUGACUAUAGUGAAAUGUCCUCGGUGGGAUACCUUUGCAGUUGUUUAAAUAAUGAGGAUAUUUUUUUAAAAAAAUAGCUCUUAGAGAAUCUAAUUGUGUAUUUGAUCCAUGUUUGACCCGUAUUGCAUUAGGGACAGGAGAGGUUUUUCUGAUGCCCAUUUUCUUGAAAUGUUCUUCAAAACAGUGAUGGGUUGCAUUUCUACGAUGACCUCUUAGCUCCUUUUUUCUUUAUUUACUUAUACUGAAAUUGCAUAACUUAAUCUUCUUUUGAUACCUUGUUCUAUGUAGGAAAAGGGGGAAGAUGGUCACUAUAGCAGCUUGCUGGGUAGGACAGAGCUACUACGCCAUCUUCCCAGUAGGUGGGUCACUCUUGCUUACCAGGAGGGAGAAAGGUGAGGCAGGGAAAAGGUUGUUGUGGUGUAAAUCUACUGGCAUAGUCAAUCUGGUGCUUCUGAUGGUGCCUUUUCACCAUGCCAACCUCCCCACCACCUCACCCGCUACUGAUAAGCAGCUGCAACCCACCUGCCAGGAAGUUGGCAUAUUGACUCCACCCCAUCAGUGUGUUUGCUGUGCUGACCUCCCUGCCAUCUCGCCUGCCCCCCCCUCCCCAAUAAGCAAGAGCGACUCUCCUGCCAUGAAGCCAAUGUAGUAGCUCUGCCCCACCUGGAAAACCACUUUGGUUUAUCGCAGGUGACCACAACUGCUAGAGUUACUAGACUUUUCGGAGGUUGCGUGCUUCAUAAUUGCCUCUUACGUCCUGACAAUUAGCACAGAAAAGAGUGUUGUAAAUAUUACACAAUAAUAUUUAGGUUCCGCUUAUUGGUUUGCAGAACUAAACCUGAUACAAGUCCAAACAUUCUGUUUUUAUUUCAACAAAAUCUGUAAAUGAACUUAAGGCUGUGUUUAAAUGUAUUUUGCUUCAUGAUUAUUUAACCUUUUGUUGUUGUUAGAGCGGUGCCUUUGUUGGGAUACUUGCCUCAGGACUUAAUUGGAACUCCUGUCUUAGUACAUCUUCAUCCAAGUGACAGACCUUUAAUGAUAGCAAUUCACAAAAAAAGUAGGUGACUCCUUUUGCAUGGUGUGUUUUUCAUGAAGGUUGGGGGCAAUAAAGGAUGAGGGAUCCUUAUAUAGUUUUUGGUAACUUUUAAUCAGUUCAUUGCUCUUCUGAUUAUUAGAUCAUAAAAACAUACACAUACUGUUUAUUGUAGACUCAAGUAUCAUGAGCUAGAUCAUACAAUGGUACCUUGGUUUAAGAACAUCUUAGUUUAUGAACAACUUGGAUUAAGAACGCAAACCCAGAAGUAGUUGUUUUGGUUUGUGAACUUUGCCUUGGAAACAGAACAUGUUUUGCUUCCUGUUGAGUGUGUGUAAAUUGAGCCCCUCGCUGCUAUAGGAAAGCAUGCCUUGGUUUAAGAACGCUUUAGUUUAAGAGCAGACUUCCGGAACGGAUUAAGUUCGUAAACCAAGGUACCACUGUAUUAAAUGAGGAGUAAUAUGUCAUCAGUGCACCCAUAUCUUUUGUUCUAUUUUUUUUAUUGUUUUAGGUUGUACAUGGGUCUCCCAUCCAGGUCUACAUCUGCUUAGUUCUGAAACUUCUAUAACAUCUGGUGUUUUCACAUUAUUCACUGACUCUUAUACACCCACAGCCCCAUUUGAUUCCAUGUUGAUGUUAAGACCACCACAAAUUCCUCUACCCCACUCAGAAAUAGAUAAGAUUAAUAAUUAGGGAAUAGAGUUAUGCUUAGCUGUAAAUUUUCAGUAGUCUUCAGUUCUCAAGCACAUUUAAUUUUGAUACCUUUAUUUAAAUGUUUCCAUGUGAAAUCUUGGGAAUUACAAAUGCUUGGAUCAUUUAAAUGAGAAAUUGUGAAUAUUUCUACAAUAAAGCUGAAAUUUGAAUCAAUUUUUUUUUGUUACAGUUCUUCAGUGCGGUGGACAGCCAUUUGAUUAUUCACCAAUCAGGUUCUGCACCAGAAAUGGUGAAUACAUAACUCUGGAUACUAGCUGGUCCAGUUUCAUCAAUCCCUGGAGUCGAAAGAUUUCUUUUAUAAUUGGAAGACACAAAGUUAGAACGUAAGUAAAUAAGUGGUAAUAAAAAUGAAGGUUCUUGUGUCAUGAAUUAUUUGAGAUUGGUCUCUUAAAUACUGAAAAGAAUAAUGUGGAAACCCGAUUUCCACAACUACCUGAGUAGCAACAACCUGUUGGAAAUGCUGCCCACCCCCCAAAAAAAUUCUUUAAGAGCUGAUCUAUACAUCUUCGGAAACAGAUUCCAUUAUAUAACCAGAAAUUAUGGGAAUGGCUUUUUAAAAGUAUAUAACAGGUGUGGAGUGCCCAUUCUGGAUCAAGAUAAGGGAGACUUUAACCCUUCCCCCCCACUCCAAAUCCAGACCUGAUCUGAGGUGGGUGGGCUCAUGUGCUAUUUGCACUGAAGAAACACUUCUAUUGGUGUUAAUGGGCACCUUUCUUCAAGUACAAAAUAGCAAGUGCAGAGGACCUGAUCCGGAUUGGGGGACAAAGGAUUAAAUCCUCCAUUAAUGCCCCUCCCCACUUCACGACAGGGUCCAGAUCCAUUUCAGGCUCCUGCACCUGUUUUAAUUUUUUAAAGUUAUUCAUGCAAUUGCAGAAUGGCAGUAUGCCAAUUAAAUGGUUGAAACCUCUGCUGCCCCUAUGAUGUGGCUAUCUACCUUUCUACUAACAGUUGCUGGCUUUCAUAUUAGUAGUAGCAAGAACCACCUCCAUUCAAUGUAGAACAUUCAUGCGAUAAUAAUUGCUAUACAUUAUGGCCACUGCUCAAAAAUGCUUUACCGGUGAUAAUUGGAUAAUAUCUGACUACAUUUGGGAUAGUUCUGGUGUUUUUGCUUCUAUGUAUUUAGUACUGGUAAUUAUGGAGAUGUUUGUCAAAUGUGUGGAGCAUGCAAAGUUCACACAUAAGAAAAUGGAAUCUAUUUGCAACCAUAUUUUUGAACAUAGAUUUGUUGAGGGGGGAGGGUGCAUACAAAAAUUGCUCUUUUAAAUAUGUGCUAUAAAGUAAAUGCUUUUAACAAGAAACUUGUAAGUGCUGCAGAUCUUUCCAAUCUUGUCAAGAAUUACUUCAGAAUGAAGAAGUCAUGUUUGGAGUGAGUAAGCCUGAAUAUUUUAUUAGUUUAAAAGUUUGUAGAUGCAAUAGAAAAACAAGGGCUGAUAUAACUGAAACAAAUGCAUUUGUCAUAUUCUAGAUAUUAUUAAUGAUUUUUACAGUGGUCCCUUGAACGAAGAUGUGUUUACACCUCAGUGCGCAGAAGAAAAAAUCCUUCACCCUAGCAUCCAAGAAAUUACAGAGCAAAUAUAUCGGUUAUUAUUACAGGUACACUUUCCUUACUGUGUUUUAAAUCUAAAUUUACCUAAACCUCUGGGGUCUCCUCUAGAAGACUGUUAUAAGGUAAAAUGUUCAUAAUUUUUUGUCCCAAAGUAAUGUAGGCUUACAAAGUAUUUAGAUACUUGUUCUUAGAAUUCUGACCUAGAAAUUAACAUUGGGUUUCUUUUCUCAAUUAUUUAAGAAAUUUCUCGUUACUUCAGCCACUGCAGUAUUAUUCACUUCAGCAGUUCUGUUGACUGUAAGUUUAUGGACAAGAAGGCACAGGCAAUACUAAAACUGGACUGCUCACCUUGAAGUUAGUGGGAUUACAUCACCAUAAACUAGAACAACUGGGGUUUUAUGGGUAUGCUGACUCAAUUUUUGCCCCAUUUCUGUUCUGGAGCAUGGACUUGCUGAUAGUACUUGCAUUUUCCCAGGUGUGUCAUGCCACCUAUGCUGCGGGUGAUUUGCAAAAUGACAUUCAUUCUCUUAACUAGAAUGUUGUCUUAUCCUGUUAUCCUGUUUUAUCAUGAAAAUAUAUCCCUGCAAUCAUUGUCUGCCUAUACAGGAGGUUGUGUCAGUGAAGAUGCAGGUUCUAGGUGCAAUUCUAAAAUUAUUUCUUGAAUAUGAGGAAAAACUUAUCGACUUUCUUGAUAGCUUGCUUGAUUCUUGAACUGCUUGAUUGCUUGGUUGAUUCUUACUAGUUACAGUAUGCAGAAUAUUUGCAGUAUAUAGACUCCAGCUAGUCAUUUUCUUUUCUGUUGAAAAUGUUUGUGUAUAUAUUUAUAUUUAGCCUGUACAUAACAGUGGCUCUAGUGGCUAUGGAAGUUUGGGAAGCAAUGGAUCACAUGAGCACCUAAUGAGUGUGGCUUCAUCCAGUGACAGCAAUGGGAACAAUAAUGAAGAUACCCAGAGGAUACCCAAGCCUGUAAGAUUUUCAUUAUAUUAUCUUAAUAGUUUCAGUCUAAUGGGAAAUUGACCCUGCGGUUUUUUCUAACAGAAGUCUAAUACCUUCUUCAUUCACCCCAAUCAGCAAUUACCGUGUAUGGCUUACUGUAAGUUUUUUCAGUAACUCGUUUGUUUGUUUUAAAUCUUCACUCUAGAACUCUUCUCAAGGUAUUUGUAAAGAUGGACGUGAGGCCAAAAAUAAAGAGCACGUCUUCGUCAAUUCCAGAUCAAAGCUUGAAAGUGAGAAAAAAUAUGCAGGUAUGAUAGCCAAGUUAAUCUGGAAUCAGAUUUUGGAAUAACUCCAGUAGUUUAGCUUUAACCAGGAAUACCUUGUCCACAGUGUGUGGUCAAGUGCACACAAUCCAGCCCUGUUUGUAGUUGUCAUUUUGCACAAACAGCUUUGCUGUAGACUGGAAACUCUUACAUGCUCAUACUUAAAGCCCCCACCUAUGUUCCCAGGAGUGCAUUCAGCAGCUCCCUGGCUUUUGAAAGGUCCAUAUAUAAACAUUCUUGGGAUGUUUCUGUUACACAGCAAAAUCCAGUGACCACGUGGAAAGUGCUACUCAGCCAGCAGAAAAUGAUGCUGUUGGAAUGGCUUGUCAGAGGAGUUUGGCUGCAGAAGAACUGACUUGGGGAGAGCAACCUGUUUAUUCAUAUCAGCAGAUCAGCUGUUUAGACAGUGUUAUCAGGUGAACAACAUUCCACUCCAGUAAAGCAAUGGCUAUAUGGAACUGGCAACUUUAUUUCUAAGAAGAUCAGGGCGUGUGUUUUUAACCAAGGGUUUCUGGGGUUUUUUGCUUUGACUUGUAGGUAUUUGGAAAGCUGCAGUGCAGGUGAAGCAGUGAAGAAAUCACAGCCUUCCUCAAACGCUGCUUCACUGAAUUCUGAUAUGCUUAGAGAGAAAAGGCAUGACAUUAAAACACCCACAGGUAUUUACUGUUAACCGAAUUUGUAAUGCAAUCCUAUGCAUGUUUAUUCAGAAGUAAGUCCCACUCAGUGGUGGCUGGUGCCUGCUGGGAUUGAUGGGGUGGAAGGCAUGGAGACCAACAGCAGGUGGCACCAGAGCCAAUGACAGGCACAGUCAUUCCCUGACUAGUUGUAAACAAGUAAGAAGACAGGCAGGUGGGAACUGGCUGAGGGCAGACUGAGGUUGGUGGAGCAGUGCCCCAUUUGCCUAACAGACCAGCCUCCACUGUUUCAACUAAUAAUGCACUGUAUAAAAAUUUGUCAGUCAGUAUCACUUGUCAUGUUAGGUAGGGGUGGGAACUGUGUUUGACUCCUCAAAGCAAUUUAGUUAGACCUGAGCUGUAUGCUUCACUUGCCGUCCUAUUUAUUUUGUCUUUAGAAACUGACAUUUAUACAUUUCUUGUUCUUUUCUUUGUGUGUGUGUGUGUGUAUCUCUGUGUUGUUAUGUGUUGGUAUUUGAGAAGAAAGGGUGCUGUCAAAAUCCCACAUAGGCCCUACGGAGUUGGAGAUACCUGAGAAAUCGAAUGCUUCUGCUGUUGUUGGUGCUCACUUAACUUCUUUAACUUUGCCUUGCAAGCCAGAGAGCGUUGUAUCUUUAACCAGUCAGUGCAGCUACAGCAGCACCAUAGUUCAUGUUGGAGACAAAAAAACACAGCCUGAACUAGGUACAGUACUGCUUUACAGUUUCUAAGAGGAAUAUAGACUUUUAUAAAUCUGAUUUUAAGAAUGACUAUGUGCUCUCUUUUAUGUAGAAGUGAACCAUGGGAAGACAGAUCAUGUGAAUUUGGAAGAACAAGUUCUGAUUAGAUGAAAAUGAGAUCAACAUUUCACUUUGUUUCCCCUAAAUGUUUUUGUUUGUUUUUAGAAAUAAUAGAAGAUGGUCCCAGUGGAACAGAACCCAUGGAGAGUCAGCUUAUUGCUCCACAAUCUACCGCUACUCAAAAGAAUCAAGAAAAAGAGUCAUUUAAGAAAUUGGGGCUUACAAAGGAAGUCCUUGCAGUGCAUACACAAAAAGAAGAGCAGAGCUUUCUGACCAAAUGUAAAGAAAUCAAAAGGUUCCAUAUUUUUCAGUAUAAUUGCAGUUACUACUUUCAAGAAAGACCCCAAGGACAACCUGGUAACCGUGGUACGGCUCUCUUUGUUUAUAGCCUCAUAACACCAUCUGAAUGAAAGAAACCCAUUCUCAGUUAGACAUGUUGCAAAUGUGCAUAGGCAGUUCAGGGUGCUUAGUUAAGUUCAGUCUUACUAUCAAACCAAAUUGUAGUUGGCUGACAGUUGGUUGCUCCAGAAACUCAAUAUGCAACCUUAGAAGUAUUAAGCAGGUGGAUGUGGGAUUAAACUCACAUCAUCAGUGAUGCAUAGUUUCCCCCUUCUCCAUGACUUAAAGAGGACAUGAUUUGCUACUGUGUUCAAAAUAAUGAAGGUAAUUUAUUUCUUAAGCAUACAUGUUGGGGAGCAAGGCUCACUGGGUACAGUGAGGCUUACUUCUGAGCAAGCAUGCAUAGGAUUGUGCUGUUCUUCUAGCUUAGAGGUUUGCCAUAACGUGUGGAACACAGGAUUAAUGAAAUGGCGGAAGAGACAUGAUUUGUGUUGGGGCUCCCCACAGCUUAGAACUGGAAUCUCAUUUAAAUACCAGUUCAGCCCUGGUAACUGUGAAGAAAAGAAUGUCUCUCUAAAUGUGUGCAUAGUGUCUCUCGUCUGCUUAUAAGCAGUAGCCAGUUUCCACGUAUCUAGAAUUUACAGGAAAUAGCUUUUUGGUCCAAAGAUGUGCUUGAGUAUUAAUGUCAUCCUUUUUAAAAGUUAGAUGCAUUGUUGAAUAGAUUUUCUGCCUUUCUCUCCAGGUGUUCAUGGACCACGACAUGGCUCUGGAGUAGAUCAGUCUUGGAAGAAAAAUGGGAAGAACAGGAAAUCUAAGCCAAAACGACAGAAGCCACACAAUUCUUCAGACAGCACAACUUCUGGUACCAAACCUCCACACAGGUUUCCCCGGCUUGUCCCAAAUAGCACAGCCUGGUCUCCGUCAGAUACUUCUCAAGCAAGUUAUCCAGGAAUGCCUUUUCCAACAGUUAUGUCUACAUACCCACUUCCAGUUUUUCCACCAACAGGAACUGUGCCACCAGGUCCUGAAGCGCCUCUUUCUGCUUUCAGCGAAUCGCAGGACUCGGGAAAUCCCUGUCACUUGCCAUUAUCACAGUUUCCCAACCCUCUGAUGACUCCAGUGGUAGCACUUGUACUCCCCAACUACAUGUAUCCUCCAAUGAACAAUGGGAUCCCUCAAGCACUUUAUCCUGAUCCACCUAGCUUUCCUGCUCAGCCUUCUUUCUCUUCCCAAGCAGUGUUUACAGCACAGCCUCCAUUCACUGCCUCAAACACAUUCCCACCUCAACCGUUCCACUAUAAUCCACUGGCAGGGAGUGAAAAGACCACUGUUGUAGAAUCUCGAAAUGAGCAAUCCCGUUCAUGCACUCCACAGUCUCCUGGCCCACAAGGUCAAGCCUCACCACCAUUGUUCCAGUCCAGGUGCAGUUCUCCUCUACAGUUGAACCUUCUGCAAUUAGAAGAAAUGCCCAAAGUGGCUGAAAGUGGUGCUGCUGGUACACUAGGAAGCCAUGGAACUUUAACUGAUGGACGGGUGACGAGCAAACCCAUGAGCUCAGAUGAUUGCAACAGAAAAGCAUCUUCCCCUGUAAGCAUUGUCUGUAACUUUCUGGGAAAUAUCUGUCUGGAAAAAAACAACAUUUUUAUCUAAUUAUUCACAUGGAGAGCUCUUUCAAUAAGCUCAAUUUUUAAACAAUUCCAUUUUAAAACAAUUUCAAAUUGUGCAUGUUCCUUGGGAAGAUUUGUACUAGUUAAUAUUAGAUUUCUUAAAUUUAUGUGUUGCCCAAUGUAAAGAAAAUCUUGGGCAUUUUACAGUACAGACAAAAAUAUAUAAUGCAAAAUAAUUUAAAGCUUUUAAAAAACACUAAUAAACAACAAAAUGGGACGCGGGUGGCGCGGUGGGUAAAACCUCAGUGCCUAGGACUUGCCGAUCAUAUGGUCGGCAGUUCGAAUCCCCGCGGCGGGGUGAGCUCCCGUCAUUCGGUCCCAGCUCCUGCCCACCUAGCAGUUCGAAAGCACCCUUAAGUGCAAGUAGAUAAAUAGGUACCGCUUUAUAGUGGGAAGGUAACGGCGUUUCCGUGCGCUGCGCUGGUGCUGGCUCGCCAGAGCAGCUUCGUCACGCUGGCCACGUGACCUGGAAGUGUCUGCAGACAGCGCUGGCUCCCGGCCUCUUAAGCGAGAUGAGCACGCAACCCCAGAGUCGGACACGACUGGCCCGUACGGGCAGGGGUACCUUUACCUAUACCUUUACUUUAAUAAACAACAAACCAUAAUAAAACAGCCAACUGUAAAUGAAUCUCAAGCUCUUGUUUUAUCCUGUGAGCCAUCCUGAGACCUGCAGAUAUAAGGUGGUAUACAAAUGUAAUACAUCAUCAUCAUCUUGUUGCAUAAUCUUAGAUUAGGAACUGGAGUUAUGAACAACAAAAAAUACCUUUUGAAUUGACAGUUUGUUUUUUGUGGUUUUGUUCUUUCAUUGUUCAGGUUGGAUCGCCAAUGGAAGUUCAAAAUAGUGAUGCCUUCUCUGUAUCUAGUGAUUUACUUGAUAUUUUACUCCAGGAAGAUGCAAGUUCAGGCACUGGGUCUGCUUUGUCAGGAAGUGGUGUUUCAGCAGCUGCUGAGUCCUUAGGCUCAGUUUCAAAUGGAUGCGGCAUGUCAGGCAGUGGAACAGGUAACAACAUGUGUGCGGUUAAGAAAUCAUGAGGCUAUUUCAAUGAAAAAUCUGUUCUCCUUAAUUAAAAGCACAACUUUUUUAUUGUUGUUUCUGAAGGAAGUAGUGAAACAAGUCAUACCAGCAAAUAUUUUGGGAGCAUUGACUCAUCAGAAAACAAUCAGAAAACAAAGGAAUCAGAACUGGAAGAAAACGAGCAGUUCAUUAAAUAUGUCCUCCAGGAUCCCAUCUGGCGGCUGAUGGCAAACACAGAUGACACUGUUAUGAUGACUUACCAGAUACCCUCCCGGUAAUUCAACGUUAGUUCAGACUUAAAGCAGCUUUCACUGUGAACUACCACUUCAAGUAGAUGUAUACUUGAAACAGCACUAAAAGAUUUCAUUUCUCAGAACUUCUUUCUGUUGCCUCUUUCCUCCAAUUUAACCAAACUUAAUUAACAAAUAGAAAUAUAAUAUACAGAAAUAUAAUAAAAUAGGGAAACCAUCCUCUUUACAGUGAAGUGAGUUAGUGUCAAUUUCAAAUGCCAAUAAUGUUUCAUAUAUAUAUAUACCAUUCAUAACCAUCCUUUUCUUGAAGUAUUUUGUAUAACAUGAAAGUCCACACCAACACCUGAAAUACUUGAUUCUCUUUUUACAUACUCAGCAGUUGUAAGGAGCUGUUAAUUCUUGAUGAUCAGUUCUAUUCACCCAACAUAGCUGACAAUCAGUUUUCUUGUUUUUCUAAGGAUAUCCUUGCUUUGUUGAUUUACAUAUACUUCCCUGUGCUAUGGCAUGUAACAGUCUUCCAGUGGUCAAAACAUGCAGAAUCUGUGUUACACGAAUGUAGGGGCUGACUUUUUACAGCUUAGGGUCCUGAGAAUUGUUAGGAGACUCUAAGGAGCCACAAUUGACAGAAUUUCCUAGGAAGAGGGGUUGAUUGUUAAACUAGUCUGGAAACUGUAGCUCUCUAAUGGAAAUAAGGGUCUCCUAACAACUCUCAGCAGUCUUAACAAACUACAGCUCCCAGGAUUCUUUUGGGGAAGCUACAACUGUUAAAGUGGUAUAGUAGUGCUUUAAAUGUCUAGUGCGGAUGUGGCCUUAGCAAAUGUGCUAAUGAUGAUCUUCUCCUAGUUCCCUCAACUUAAUUUACCUUCUCAGACAAAAUGGAACUUGGCAUUUGGGUGCUUGGCAUAAUAUCUGCAAUGGCAGGAAGCCUGAGCUCCAGAGUAAUCAACUAUUUAUAAAGUCUGCAUGUUCGGGUAGUUGAAGACCUGAAAGGGGUUUGUUUGUAUAUUUUACUUCAGAAACUUAGAAACUGUUUUAGAAGAUGACAAACUAAAACUGAAACAAAUGCAGAAGUUCCAGCCAAAAUUUACGGAGGAACAAAAGAGAGAGCUACUGGAAGUACAUCCAUGGAUUCAGAAGGGUGGACUACCGGGGGCUGUUACUAAUUCGGUAUGUUUCAAUGGCUAUUUCUUCUUUCAGUAUAAAAGCAUUAUUUUAUUUUAUUCACAGAAUUGGAGCACUCAGAACCAUAUUUGCAGUGUAACCCUAACCAUGUUUUUGCAGAAUCAAGUUGCAUUGUAUUUAACUGGGUUUACUCCCAGGUUUGUGUGCACAAGAUUUCAGACAUAGUAUGGGAGACACUUUUAAAAUUCAUGCUGUUGGGUAUUUCUAGUAACAUGUCAAACUACAAGAUGCCACUGAGGAAGGAAAUGUGAGUUACUUUUUUUCUUGUUUUUUUGAAGGAGUGUAUUUAUUGUGAAGAAAAUGUUAACAGCAGACUGUAUGCACAAGAUGAAGAAGAAAUCCAUAAAAUGGAGCUUAAUGAAAUGAAUGAAGCCAUUGGGGGGGAAUAG